AUCACAACGCCAGGAGACGGGAUGAUUCUUAUUCAAUGCUUUUUAAUGGUCAGCUGUUGCAAGAUUAAAGCUAGACAAUUGUGAUUAUAUAUCGUGACUACAAAAGCGUAAUAUAAUGAAAAAUUGUGAAAACUGUUAACAAAAUGGUUUCUAUGUAAUUCAUUUGCUUUAAACUGAGAAAUUUAUUUUUAAUUGAAUAAGUUUUAUGCGUGAAGUGCCGCAACGUACUUCGUUGUAAAUUGUCGGCAACCGGAUUUCACCGACUCUCUAACCUUACUUUCUGAUUCUUGGAAGAUUCAUACUGCAAAUAUUCAUGAACAGAAGAAGCAUGACGCGGAGAAUGGACUGUGAAACUUCGCACGUAGGUCUUUCUAAAAGACUCAGAUUGUCAGGUUUGACUGAUGAGGAUGAGAAAAAUAUGUCGCUGGAAGCAAAAGUGGAAAAAAAAGAAGAGGAUGAUGGGGAUCAAAAUUUAGAAGUGGAAGAUCUAGUCAAUAGUAGUAGUGAUGAAGAUGUGACCGAAGAAGACAGCGAAGAAAGUACUUCUGAUAGUGAGUUGGAAGCAGAAGAUAAUGAAAAUGAAUUGCCACAGCGUACGAUGUUUCAAGGAUUUUCAGGAAUGAAUGGAAUGCGUGCUCCAUUAAAAGAUAAUGGACAAUUGACAUCAUUAGAUCACUUAUUACUAGAAUUAACAUACACUAUACGAUACAAUAACACUUAUGAACAGCUUGUGCGACGAUUGCAAUUAUUAAAAAAGAUGUAUGUUAAUAUAAAUAUACCUACAACGAAAAUGGCAUUAUGGAGAAUACUUGGAAGAGACGAUUCAAAUUUAAUCUAUCGUUUAUAUUGUGAAAAAUGUAGUCAACUUGUCGGAAAUGGAAAGAAAGUGGAAAGAGAUUGUGAUUGUGGUUCUUGCGGUCCGUACAAGGAAGAAACAUUUAUUGCAACUUUUAUUCAAAUUCGUGUAGCCCCUCAAAUUAAAGAGUUCCUAAAUUCACCAAAAGCAGCCGAAGCAUUAAGAUACAAGGAAACCAGAGUAAAGUUCAAUCCCAAUGCAAUUGAAGACAUAUAUGAUGGAGAGGAAUACCAACGCAAAUACAAAGAAUACUUUGCAGAGGGAUUAAAUUUUACUCUAUCAUUAUGGACCAAAGGAUUGAAACUAACAAAAUCAUCGAAAUCAGCUUGUUAUCCAUUUCUUCUACAACUCAAUGAGUUGUCGCCUUACGCUAGAAAAAGAAAUAUGUUUUUGGCAGGACUAUGGAUUGGAAAAGGAAAACCUAAUAUGGGAAUAAUAAUGAAGCCUAUAGUUGAAGAUAUGAAUGAAUUGCACGACAGUGGAAUUUCUUGGAAACCAACUGCAGAGCAAGAGAUAGUGAGCAAGUUUACUGUUUCUAUAUUUACAGCUGACUCGGAUGCAAGAGCAAUGGUCUUAAGGAUGAAUCACUAUAAUCAGGAAUACGGCUGCACAUUUUGUUUAGCGCCAGGAAAAAAUGUCGAAAAACGAUGGAUAUAUAAUGCCACGCCUGCAGCUUUACGAACAAUGGAAACGAUGAAGAAGGAUAUACAAGAGGCAGUAAUUAAUGGUAACGAAUCACGAGGUGUCGUUGGUUGUUCACGAUUAGGAAGUCUUAGAAAAUUUGAUCUUAUUGCGGGUCAAGUUGUAGACAUUGCUCACAACGAUUACUUAGGAAACGGUAAAAAAUUCAACGAAAGGCAUAUGAAGGAUGUAGGAAAACCUUGGUACAUUGGUCAAGUAGACAAGAAGAAAAAAAUCAAUGAAAUUUUGACGACUAUUGAAACACCUUCAAGAAUUUCACUGAAACCUCGAAGCAUAGAAACAUCGAAAACAUGGAAUGCUUCAGAGUGGCGUAAUUGGAUUUUAUAUUAUUCACUUCCUUGUCUAGAUGAAAUUUUAGAAGAACCUUUCUUCAGUCAUCAUGCUAAGUACUGCGAAGCAAUGUUCAUUUUAAAUAAUACCUCAAUUACAAAUGAAGAUUUAACAAAGGCAAAAAGCUAUCUUGACGAGUUUGUCAAUGAGACUGAGAUUUAUUACGGCGAGAAGAAUAUGCGGUUUAAUGUUCAUCUCAAUAAACAUUCCAUCAAGUCAAUUGAAAAUUGGGGACCUGCUUGGGUAUAUUCAACUUUACCUUUUGAAUCAAUGAAUCAACCAAUUACAAAAUCAAUCACUAGUCCAAAUCAUCGAGCCGAACAAAUUGUGACACGUUUUUUCAUGAGGAAAUUUAUUUUACGUAUGGCUGAAGAGGAAAAUAUAAGCCCUAUAACACGAAAGGAAAUCGAAGAUCUGUUUGACAAAAAAACUGUACAUGUACCUUCAGAAAUGAUGGAAACUCAUUAUUUUGUUGGGAAAGAAAAACUAAGAAUGCGACAUGCAAAUCCAGCAGAAAUUCAGCUUAUGGCCAAUGCAAGAACAGAAAUAAAAGAAAAUACUAUGUUAAGUUUUUUUGAGGAAGCAAUUAUUCACGGUGUUAGUUAUGUGAGAAAAAAAGAUACAGAUCAAAAAUAUUGUGACUAUAUUGCAUACAGUCGUGGAAAAAAAUUUAUAAUUAUUAAAGAUAUAAUAUCCUUUUGUCAUGAGGAUGAGACAGUUGCCGGUUUUAUUGGAGAAGAAUUCCAUGACCUUGGAGGAGCUUAUAAUACACAAUAUAUGAGAUUUGUAACGUCCACGAGAAAAAAAAUUUUUAUUUCAUACCACGAUGUUUUAGCGCCAGGAUUAAUAAUAAAUGCAAAAAAAGGAACUGUUGCUGUUCGCCUUUCAAAUUGUUGGGAAAUUGAUUAAAUUUUUUAAAAAAAAUAUACACAAUGUCAAGCGUAUAAGAUAUUUAUGAAAAACGGUAAUUGAACGAGAUUUUUAUUUAUACUAACUGAAUUAUUUAAAUUUUUAAUGUUGAAGCUUAAGUACAGAACAGAAUUUUUCUGUGUGUUACUUUUUAAUGUACAAAUACGGAAACCAUAGUUUUGAUAAAAAAAAAACUUUUUACUGAUUCACUAAUUCUGUAGAAAAAAAUAAUUAAUGUAAUUCUAAAAGUACCUGAUUUAAAUCUGAAAUAAAUAUUUUUUUAAACACA